GCCCGAAAUCCCUAGUUCCUUCCUCUCCUGAGCCUAUAAAAGAGGCGCCGCUGCCAGCGGAGAGGGUUCCUGCAGUAGCCUGUUGGAGUUAGUGGCGUAGGGAAGAGGGGAGGACACAAGAGCGAGAGGCCAAGGGGGCCACAUCGAGCUACCAGAGUGAUGGGGUGCGGGGCUUCUAAGCCUGUGGAAGGGCAACGACCAGUCCCGGAGCCUAAGAAGGGCUGGGAAGAAGGGAGCAAGGUUGUUAUUGGUGAAUCUCGCAUAUCUGUCGAUGUUGAGCCUUGGAAUGGAUCAGCAAGGCCUAAAAGUACUACAGAUAGUGGAGUGGGACUGGAAGAGCGUGUCUUGAUGGAAAGCUUACCUGGAACCAUUCCAGAAAAUUCACUUUCUCUUGAUGAAAGAAAUGAAGAAGUAAAUACAGAACCAGUAAUCAGUGGAUUAAUCAAUACAUCCCAACAUCUUCAGAGCCAAGAGAGGUUGAAGUCAUCAGAUAUCUUGGAGGAGCUUAUCAUUCAAGGAAUAAUACAAAGCCAAAGUAAAGUAUUUAGAAAUGGAGAAUCCUAUAAUGUCAUGAUGAACAUGGAUGAAAAGCCUCUCAGGAAGCCACCUGCCAGACUAGAAAAACUUAAGACCAAAAGGGAAACAAAUGGUUUCACAAUAAAAAAUAUAGAGGAGAAGAUGAAGGCUGCAGAUGAAAGGAGGAAGGUUAAAGGUGAAGAAAUGAAAAAAAGGCUGAGAAGUGACAGGCCUCUGCCACCAAUUGUCCCUUCAAGCACAGCAGAGCUGAGUGAAGAUGACACUCCAUUUACCAAAGGAUUUAAAACUACAGACUAUACUAUGUUUCAGACUUCUACCAUGGAAACAGAAAGGCAAGCAAAAAGGAAAAAAAGCUUUGGGAAAGGCAACAUAGUCUCAAGUGAAAUAAAUCAAAACUACGAAGGCUUUGGGGUUGUGGAGUCAGAUGUGCACUACAACACUUCUGAUGAUGCAUUCUGACACACUAGUGUUGCAUUUUGGGGAUCCAAAUCUAAUUUAAUCCAUAUACCCCUAUUUCUGAUAUGUUAAUGCAUCCAUUACACAAACAAAACACAACCAAACAGCAAAUCAGCUAUAAUGACAUACUGACUUUUGCCCCUGACUUGGGAAUUUUGCACUUUGGAGCAUAGAUUGUUGCCAAAACUUCACAGAAAAAAAAGAUUUGUGGGGGAAGAUUAAAUGUCUGUCCUUUCAAAAGGGUAAAGAGCUAUAAUGGGGGAGCUAGGUAUUGCAGUGAGUAAAGUACCAACCCUGGAGUCAGAGGAUCUGGGUUCAAAUGUGACUUCAGACACUUACCAGCUGUGUGACCUUGGGCACCACACUUAACACUGUUUGCCUCAGUUUCCUCAUCUAUAAAAUGAGCUGGAAGGAAAAAUGUAUACAAUAUCUUUGCCAAGAGAACCUCAAAAGGGUUCAUAAAAGUCAAGCAUUAUUGAAAACUACUAAAUAACAAUAAAGAGGUAUUCUACUUAAAUGAAAUUAAGGAGAAGCAUAUUGGUUUGAUGGGUAUCAUCGAAUUAACUAAAUGCAUUUGGAAUAAAGUCUGGUCCACUUCAUUCAAUGUAAACUAUACAUGUGAUAUUUCACUAAUUCUUAAAAUUAAGUCCUUGCUCUGUCCCUCUCCUAAAGACCUUCUUAAUGUAGUAGCUAGUCCAGUGGCAAUGAUAUGUAUUGCUUAGUGCUACUGUUAGUACCCAGGGCUACAGAGAGUGCUGAUGUCAAGGUUAGCAAUUUCAUCUCCAUGCAACCCAAAGGAAGAGAAGGAUCAAGAGGAAGGAGGCAGCCUAGGGAGGCAGCCUUUCCCCCCACUGCCUAUAUAGUCAAUAAAGGCUCAGCCAAGUAUUUCUUUGGCUCAAUGUAUAUUAGAUCAUCUGUGCCUUUCCUUUCAAAGCUAAGUUCUUGGGUGGGUAAGAUAAGCAGUCUGAAAGUAUGUUGUGGUUGCUGAAAGGCACUAUUAGUGUAGUAGGGAGAGUCCUGGAGUGUCAGGAGAGAGAUUUGGUUUUGAAUUCUACCUCUUACACUUUCUAGCAAUGGGACCAUGAACAAGUAGAUUAACCUCUCCAAACCUUAGUUUCAUCAUCUGUAGAAUGGAGCUCAUAAUACUUAUAAAUCUCUUUAGUUGUUGUGAGGAUCAAGUAAGAUCAUUCAUUUAUUCCUUCAUGAAACAACCAUUUAUUAAGCAGUUAUGGUGGACCACUCACUCUGCUAGGCACAGAAAUAAAAAAAUAAAAACAAUAGUCCCUACCCUCAAAGAGGAUCUAUUUUUUCAUGGAGGGAAAAACAUGAAUUCACAUAAAUAAAUGCAAAAUAUAUUUUAAAAAUCAUGUCUGAAGGGAGCCCUCGGAGAAUUCGGGAUAUGCCUUUUACAAGAGGUGUCAUUUGAAUCAAUCCUUAAAGGAUUUUUGGUGCAGAAUGAAAUGUGUACUUUUUUAUACAAUCAUUGAGGGAAUUAUUUUUUUGCUUGACUAUACAGAUUUGUUACAAGAAAUUUGUUUUUAUUUUAUAUUUUAUUCUGAUGGUGUGGAGGUGGGAUGGAAAGAAAAUAAAUUUCUUUCUUUUUUCUUUAAUAAAAAGGUAGAAGUGAAGGACUAAGAGUUUAAAAUAUUGCAUGCACUUGCAGAUGAGACCUACAGAUCAUUAGUUUUUAUUUUGUUAUAAGAGACUUUAAGUGUUUUUUUGUUUGUUUUAAAACAAACUAUAUCAAGAACAUUUUAAAAGGGGGAGGAAGUGCAUUCUGGACAUGGGAGAAACACUAUGCAAAAACACAGAGAAGGAAGGUGGAAUUUUGUGGACAGAGGACCAUUGAAGUAGAUAGCUUUGAGUACAGUGUAGAGUAUCUAAAGUCAGAUUCUCAAAUAUUUUUAUUUCAAUACCUCUUUAUGCUCUUAAAAUUAUUGAGGAUCCUGAAAAGCUUUUGUUUACUGGGUGAUACUUAUGGAUAUUUACUUUAUGAGAAAUUAAAAUUGAUUAUCUAAAAAUAUUGAUUAAUUCACUUUUUAAAAUACCCCAUUAUAUGUUUUAUAUAAGUAACACAUUUCUAUGAAAAAUAACAUUUCCCAAAACAAAGAACAAUUAGUAAGAAGAGAGGCAUUGUUUCACAUAUUUUGAAAAAUUUCCUUAAUGUCUUGAUUAAUAGAAGACAACUGGAUUCUCAUAUUUGCAAAUGUAUUCAAUCAGUUGUGUUAAUGUUGUUUUGGUUGAAAUAUAUGAAGAAAAAUAUGGCCUUACAUAGACAUGUAGUUGCAAAAGGGAGGAGUAUUUUAAUAAGUAAAUAACUCCUUAAUAUUAUUAUUAAAAUAGUUUUUAUGUUAUGGACCCUCUAGAAAGGUCUCAGGAAUUAUCAGGAGUGGGUGGUCCACACUUUAAUAACCAUUCACUUUACCAUACUUUGUAUUGCUGAAGUAAAUCAAUAUAUGGUAAGCUUAGAAAGGCAAACUGGAGACAGACUGUGAAGACCUUUUUGCCACAGAGAGGAUAUAUUUUAAACUUUUUAAAUUUUAAUUGUGGUUGGACUCUGAAUAUAUUAAUUAGGUGGUUUUAUUAGGUGGUCUCCAGGGAUUUAAUUUCUAAAUCCCAAAAUGAAUUACUAAAGUAAAUGGAAUUUAUGGUAGUUUAUUUACAAUAUUUACAAUAGAAGGAAGAUAUUAAGGAAUGAAAGAGAGAGAGGAAAAAAACUCUGGCUUCUACUGAUACCAGUUAGAAACUCUAAGCCCCAGCCAGGGGAAGAGAGUCUCAAGAAGAUGGGCCUUACCUGGAGGCUUCAUGCCUCCAUAAAGGCGAGGUCACUAUAUCAGUUAGAAUUUCUAAGUCCCAGCCAGGGGCAGAGAAAAGCAAGUCCACUAAGUCAGCCUUUGACUCACUAGUGGUAACAGUCUAAAAAAGAAGUCUGGGUACUGGUCUUCCACUGGCUCCUCUGUCCUUCACUCCAAUCCCAGGUGACUGACUGUCCUCUUCAGCCUUUUUCCCCUCUAUUUAAAGACCUUUUUCUCUUGUGUCACCUCCUCUAAAUUUUCACAUCUACCAGUCACAGCAGACACUUUUCUCUAGGAUUGCCCAUUCUAUAGUUCUCACCUUCCUUAGUUAGAUUUUCUCCAGGACUGUCCAUUCUUUAGUUCUCACCUUCUCCGGUUAGAUUAUAUCUUUUGGGGUUACUUAACACCUCUUUUGGUAAAUUCACCUUUUGUAGUUACUUAACACCUUUUUGUGGUUAAUUCACCUUUUGUAGUUACUUAACCCCUUUUUGUAGUUAAAAAUCUAACAGUAGAUUGUAGCUUACAAUUCUAGCUUCACUAUAAAGAAAGAGCUAAGUAUCUUCAUUGUUACAAUCAGGAGAUAGCUAGAUCCAAUCUUUGUGACUAGAGGCAACAGGGAAAUGACAUAUCCAGGUUAAUCGGAGUAUCAUUUUGCAGCUAUGUAGAAUUGUCAUUUUGUUUAUAUUGACUGAGCCUACCCAUGAAUAAUUAAUAUUCUUCCAGUUAUUUAGCUCUCUGAGCUUAGCCUAUGAAAGGGAAGAGGGCAGUAACUUAAAUUAAUGUGCAAUUAAUUCAUCCAUUAUUGUAUUUUAUUCAUGUAUGUAUUGUAUUGUAUUCAUAGGCAGUUGAUCUAAAUACUCAAAAACAAGGAGAGUCCACCAAUAAGCAUUUUUAAGCACUUUCUUUGUGCUAGACACUGGAAUACAUAUAAGAAAGACAAAAGAUAGUUCCUGAUUUUAAGGAGCUUGUAUCCUAACAAGAAAAAUAUAGAUAAGAUAAACUGGAGAUAGCCAACAGAGGGAAGGCAUUAGCAUUAAGUGAGUUCAUCUAGUGAAGGGUUUUAGUAUAUUGAACCAAAACUAGAGAAUGGGAAUGAGUAAAGAGACAUGACUCUAGAGGAGAGGGUAUAAAGGAAACAAGUAGAGGAGUGAUUCAUACUGUUACUUCUUCAUCAAAGACUGGAAUAAAGGAAGAGAGAAUGGGACAAUUCAGUUUGGGCAUUUUGGAAGGUAUAUUUGAUAACAGGCAAGGGGGUAAUGCCUAUAAAGGUUUUUGCAAAAAGCAAAGUGCUUUAUAAAUGAUAAUUAUUAUUAUUAUUAUGACUAUUAUUAUUUUCAGGGCCUCAAAAUCCAUCCAGUUAUCAAUACUUCAUUCUAGGAUACCUCUAUAAAAUAAUAACUAGCAUUUAUUUAGACUUUAAGGUUUGCAAAGCACCUUUAAAAAUGCUAUCUCACAAAAAUGUGUCCUCAAACAACCCCCUGAGGUUGAUGUUAUUUAUUAUCCUCAUUUUACAGAUGAGAAAACUGAAACUUUCAGAGUUUAAGUGGAUUGAUUUAUCAUACAGAGUAUAAUGGUCUGGAGCAGGAUUUGAAUUCAGUUCUUCUCAACUCCAAGUCUAGCAUGGUAUUUACCAUACUACUUAACUGCCUCUGCUCUAUAGUUCAUAAAUGGGUUUGAUGUAUGUUUUUUGUUUAUUUCACCAACACUCCUUAGAAUACUAUAAAGGUAUCAUGCAACAACAUGAUAUAUUUCUUAGUCAGUGUAAUGAGUCCAGGCACUGUUAUACAAUAACAAUGCUAGCUAACUCCCCAUAUAAGUGUGUAUUAUUGGUUUGUUAUUUAUGAAUCUGUCUUUUUUUUAAUUCAAGUACACGGAAAUAGUAAUUAGCCAUUUCAGAAUGAUGCUUGGUAAUGGCAUUUACCAAUGUUAUAAAAUAUGAUAAUGGCUCAAACAAAUUUUCACACCAGAAGGAACAGAACUCUGACCUAUGAGUAUAAAGAUUAUGUAUUUCUUUACUUAUUUUUAAAGACCUGAACACAAUUCAUUCCUAUAGAGAUCUGUUGUUGUUUUUCAUCUGGAAAAUACAAACAUAAUAAUGGCAGAUUAAUGAUAACCUCUGCCAUUAUAUAUUUUAUUUUUUUAUUAAUAAUUUCACUUUAGACAUCUGCAACAGUGAUACAAUUGAGGGAGCACAGGCCUUUGUGGCAAAGGAUAUGGUUUAACAUUAUACCUCUCUCAUGCAUUCUAAGUAUAUGACCAUAGUGACUUAAAUGGGCAAGUCACUUAGUCCUCCAAAGCCUUAUCUUCCUUAUCUAUAAAAUGAAUGGACUAUACACAAACUCUGAGUUUUCUUCUUUUUUAAAAAUGGAUUUAGAAUAUUUUUCUUUCUGGAGUCAAUCUGUGAAUUCUUUCAAUUUCAAUUUUAUUUUCUUGCUUGAGGAUCUCUGGGCAGCUAUCUAUGAUAAUUUCUUUCAAUAUGAUGUCCAAGGUUUUUUCUUGAUCAUAGCUUUCAAGUAGUCUAAUAAUUCUCAAAUUGUCUCUCCUAGAACUAUUUGCUAGGUCUGUUGUUUUUUCAAUAAGAUAUUUCAUGUUUUCCUCUGAGUUUUAUUUUUUUUUUAUUCCUUUGAUUCUGCUUUAUUGUGUCUUGAUUUCUCAUGAAAUCAUUAGUUUCUAGAUGGUCAAUUCUGAUUUUUAAGGCCUGAUUUUCCUGUCAGGUUUUGGUUCUCCUUUUUUUCCAUUGGCCCAUUUCUUCUCCAGCAUUCCAUUUCAACUCUGUGUAAAAUCCUUUCUCCAUUUUAAUACUUCUCCACUUUUCUUCUGCCUCUCUUAACUGAUUUUUGAAGUCUUUUUUUGAGCUCUUCCAGACUUUGUGUCCAAUUUAUAUUUUUAUUUUGAACUUUGCAUGUGUUUCCUUUGCUUUGGCUGUCCCUUUCUGUGUCUAUACCUUGCUCUUUGUCUCCAUAAAAAUUCUUUAAAGUUAGGUGCUUUUUUGUUUUUUGCUCAUUUAUCCAUAUAAUUAUAAGUAGGCUCUGUUUUCUGGGAAGUUCGGGGUAUCCUCUUAAACUUCAGUCCUUUUUUGAUGUUAUUCUCAGAUUAUUUUCUCUCUGAGCUUUUUAUUGCUAUACAUCUGUGAUCCUAUGAUCUAGGACCUAAAUGAUACAAUCAUUUUUUGUUGUUGAUAUCACUGACUUGAAGCCCUGUGUCUCACAUUUAGAAUAUGGAAUCAGCAAAAAUAAAAAUGCUUUUGAGUAAACCAA